AUGAGCUCUUCGUAUUAUGUGAAUGCGCUUUUUAGCAAAUAUACGGCGGGGGCUUCUCUUUUCCAAAAUGCAGAGCCUACUUCUUGCUCCUUUGCAAGCAACUCCCAGAGAAGCGGCCAUGGGCCCGGGGCGGGGGGUGCCUUCGCCUCCUCCAUGCCCGGCUUAUACAAUGUGAACAGUACCAUAUAUCAAAGCCCGUUCUCCUCCGGAUACAGCCUGGGCUCUGAUGCCUACAACCUGCAUUGUUCCUCUUUUGAUCAGAACAUUCCCGUACUCUGCAAUGAGCUAACCAAACCCAGCUGUGAGAAAGCGGAGGAAAGCAACCUGCACAACCAGGCUGAGCCUAAUUUCCGGAUAUACCCCUGGAUGAGGUCUUCAGGUCCAGAUAGGAAGCGAGGACGUCAGACCUACACCCGCUACCAGACUCUGGAGCUGGAGAAGGAAUUUCAUUUCAAUCGCUAUUUGACUAGGCGGCGGAGAAUAGAGAUCGCCCAUGCCCUCUGCCUGACGGAGAGGCAGAUCAAAAUCUGGUUCCAAAACCGGAGGAUGAAGUGGAAGAAGGAGCACAAGGAGGAGAGCUCCAGCACUCCGGCUCCCACCGAGUCCACGUCAGCAACAGCCUCUGUCGAGAAAGUGGAAGAAGAGGAGGAGGAGGAGGACUAAGGAGUCCCACUCGAGGAAGCGAUCUCUCAGUAUAAUGUAUGCACAUGACAGUUGGAAAAGCUCCCUUUAAAGGAAAAAAAAAAAGAGAGACUCAUUGUUUUUAUU